CGCGGGACGAUGAUGGUACGUUCGGCUGCGCUGUCAAGUUGAAAGUGCUCAUUUCAAGGGCAGUUAGGAGUUUGCGUCUAUUCUGUCCCGUUUACCCAGCUAUCACUAACAUGAACAUGCUGUGCAGAGUUGGCCAAAUACGCAGGUGUGCAGCCAGCCUCAGCCAAACUAUAAACCAGGUAGCUGCAUCCAGGCAGAAGCACACGCUCCCUGACCUGACCUACGACUAUGGUGCCCUGGAGCCCCACAUCAACGCAGAGAUCAUGCAGCUGCACCACAGCAAGCACCAUGCCACAUAUGUCAACAACCUCAAUGUUACAGAGGAGAAAUAUCAGGAGGCGCUAGCAAAGGGAGAUGUGACCACUCAGGUUGCCCUCCAGCCUGCUCUGAGGUUUAACGGAGGUGGCCACAUUAACCACACUAUCUUUUGGACAAACCUUUCUCCAAAUGGUGGAGGCGAGCCACAGGGGGAGCUGAUGGAGGCCAUUAAGCAGGACUUCGGCUCCUUCCAGAAGAUGAAGGAAAAGAUGUCCGCAGCUACAGUGGCAGUGCAGGGCUCAGGCUGGGGCUGGCUGGGCUACGAGAAGGAGAGCGGAAGACUUCGUAUCGCUGUUUGUGCUAACCAGGAUCCCCUGCAGGGAACUACAGGUCUCAUCCCCCUCCUCGGUAUCGAUGUAUGGGAGCACGCCUACUACCUUCAGUACAAAAAUGUGCGGCCGGACUAUGUAAAGGCUAUCUGGAAUGUCAUCAGCUGGGAGAAUGUGAGCGAGCGUCUCCAGACUGCCAAAAAGUAGAACCUAAUCCCAAAUAUUCUCAAUUACUCCUCUCACCCUGACCUGGAUUAAACAGUAGUUGCAAAUAAUGUUCAGUUUUAUGAUACAUGGAUUGUCAGAGUGGUGAUGUUUUUUGUAUUCAGAGAGUUUGGACUGUUGGAUGAUCCCCUGCAUCAAAGUUGAUUAAGUUGACUUAAGAGAUUACAUUCUUUAUGACAAACGUGUUGCCCUGCACACAUGCAAGUUGAAGUGAAAAAUUAUUUGCAAGUGCUUUUUAUCUCAGGUCUAAUCCCGACCUUCAUACCUUUUUCAAGCGCACAAAUUGGCCACCUUUCACAUCAAGGCUGGCCAAUUGUCUGGCAUUAAUUUAAAGUAGGUGUCCGAUAAACAGAGUGAGCAUAUUCAGUGAGCUUUGUCUUUGACAGAAUACAUCGCACUAAAAUCAAAGAGUUUGCUGUUCAUGUUUUGAUGUAUUAUAAUAAAAUUAUAGGAUUUCAAUAAUACAA